AUGAAUGAAAGUGAUGCCUUCAGUGCCCAGCCUGAGAUUUCACCAUAUUGGGAUCGCGGUUGCUAUCUUCUUGCUGGGAGAAAUGCAGAGUCGUAUACAGUUCCCUACCAUUUCCUGAAGAAGUACCCGUGUUUAGUAUCCCAAACCAGGCCACCAUCACUGUCUGAUCCCCCGGGAAACGAGCAUGACCAUAUCAUCCGAUUCGUCGACCUAGAUGAGGACAUUGCACACACAGUGGUACAUUUUCUCUACACCGGCGAGUAUGAGACACUGCGACUAUCCAUGACAGAGUCCAAGAAGGUGGAAAUGGAAAAUGAGUAUAGAAAGGAGCGUUGCGGUGUUUAG